AUGGUUUCAAGAUAUGAUUUUAUAAAGGAUCUUAAUCCUACAAAGGAGGACUGGAGGAUUAAGGUUAAGGUUGUUCGAUCUUGGCAGGUUCCUAACUUUCAACGUAAAGGUUUAGACGACAAUGUUGAGAUGGUUAUGUUGGAUGAACGGGGUGGAAGGAUCCAUGCCACUGUCAAGGGAACUCUGCAAGUCCGAAAAAAAAUCACGGAUGGAAAGGUGAAUUUUAUUAAAAAUUUCGGAGUUGGAUUCAGUAACGGUAAUUUUAGGCCAACCCGACAUGAUUAUCGUCUGUCUUUCAACUUGAGGACUGAUGUUAGAUCGAUUGUUCAACCUAAUUUUCCUGCGAAUGUAUUUGAUUUUGUUGAUUACAAUGUCAUUGAGAAAGAAUCGUCGGAGUCUCCUUAUUUAAUAGACAUCAUUGGUUUACUGUCAGGAGUUGGGGAAGUUUGUGAGCAUGUAGUUUCCGGCAGGAAAACAAAGAUGAUUGUGUUGGAACUUGACAAUCUCAGGGGUCACAAGCUGGAAUGCACUUUGUGGGAGCAUUAUGUGGAUGAGGUACAAUCUUUUUUGGCAAGCAGUAACACUCCUCAUAAGCUUCUGUACUAUGUUAUACAUCGAUGGAUGUUCAUUGUUUCUGUAUUGGAUAGUCUAUCGUCCGAUGGUGUGGAAAGUAGUUUGAGAUUGACUCAAUUGUCUACUCAGUCCUCAUAUUCAUAUGAAAAUGAUUUUCUUAAGGAGACGGACAGAAAGUCAAUCAGUGAUAUCAAGCUCUAUAGUGAGGUGACCACAUGCAUCACAUAUGGGACUAUAAAAUCGAUUGAGAGCAGAUACAACUGGUGGUACAAGUCGUGCAAUAAGUGUCCAUUUUCUGUUUGUGAAGAUUUUGAAAAAUGGUACUGUAAAAACUGCCACAAACAUUGGGAAGAUUAUUACCUUAGAUUUAGUGUUCAAGUCAGAGUUGUGGAUAACACAGCUUCUGCUUCUUUUCUGUUGUUUGAUCGAGACUGUAUUACUUUGUUGGGAAUGAGUGCUGCUGAAUUGCGAGAAUUGCAUUUCAAGAGGGAUGAAGCAACUUUUGAUAAUGCUCACGAAAAUGAAAUUUUAUCAUCAGAACCAGAGAAGGCUGCUGAUGUUAAAAGUCAGACAUGUGACAAUGCUGAUGUUGGUGACAUUUCUCUAACUUUAUUGACACGACGAUGA